AUGACAUCAGUAUCGGAAAAUAUAGACAUACAGAGCUGCAAGAAGCAGCGAAGAUACCGUACGAGCAGACCGAAGGUGCGGUCGGGAUGUGUGGUAUGCAAGAGCCGACACAAGAAAUGCGACGAACAGCGCCCAUUCUGCUCGAUGUGUACCAGCAGUGGUCGCCAAUGCGAAUAUCGCGAAACUCCCGACCGCCGAACUCGAGCCUCGCGCCUUGUCCCUAUUUUUUGUGAUGAUUCGCACACAAUGAGUCUCUUACAAGUCAACGGGUCUCCUGCCCCGUCUUGCCCGCUCGUGCCUGGAGGACUCAUGGAUUUGACGUCCGAGGAACUGUGGUAUCUGACUUAUUUUCGAAAGGUCACAUCCUUGCAGUGCUCAGCGUAUUUUUUUGACGAGUUCUGGGAAAGACUCGUCCAUCAAGCGAGUGAAAUCCAGCCCGCGGUCCGUCACGCCGCCAUCGGUAUGGGCGCUCUCAAUUGGCAAUUCACACAGCUUCGCAUCGGUACGAAUUCAGGGUCUCUUGAUCGACAAUUUUCUCUCCAGCAAUGCAAUAAGGCAAUCAAUCAUCUCCAAAAGAACCUAGCCGAUGAUCAGAUGGGUCGAGCCAAAGUGGAGACCGCUCUGGUGACCUGUUUGGUGCUGGUGUGUGUGAUCCUUUUUCAGGAGGAACCCGAAGCUGCUGGUCGACAUCUGCGAGCGGGCAAAGGCCUUUUAACGCAGUAUUUAUGCGAAAACCCCUACCCAACCUCAGUUAGUACAGCUUUGAAACAAACCUUCGCGGCGACUCAACUAGUCUAUACAACUUUCGCCAACAAAAUCCCAGAAAAGGAAGAUCUAGAAUCCCCGUGGCUUGUCCCUGACAAACCAUCAAAUAACAAAGACAAUCUUCAGAAAUUACAUGAUUUAUUGGUAACCCUAGCCCGAAUGAUCAUGCAGAAUGACUCUCGCGGGUUCAGAGUGAUAUCAUCCGACCCGGAUCUCGAUUUGGAGCCAUUUGCAGUCAUGACAAAAUUGCGAGGAUGGAGCACCCAGCUCAAAGCGACACUCGCUGUUCAUAAAGACCUCAUGGGGCAAAAAGAUGUAGACGCAUUGACCCUUCUUGAGCUGUGGGGUGAGGUUCUUGCCAUAUUGAUCGCAGUGAAUACGCGUGUUCAGCCACUGCAAAUGAAAUACGACAGCCUAUUACUCCACUUUAAAAAGGUGGUUUACUUAGCAGAGAUUCUAUUGGCACAUACCGGCCAAGGCUCGAAGCCAACGUUUCCAGUCAAGACUGGGAUAGUCCCUGCUCUCUUCUUCUGUGUUUUCAAAUGUCGGGACUGGCUAGUUCGCCAACAAGCACUUGACUUACUACACAAAUGGCAAUUUCUAGACGGAGACUCUUCAGUAUCCCCGAUGGUUCUUGUAUUGCAACGCACCAUCGAGAUCGAGAUGCAAGGUCUCACGCCUGAAGAUGUGGUCCCGGAAUCUUCACGUGUAGAAUCCAUCAUUGUCGAGACACCUCCUAAAAAGUCCGAUCUGCACUUUUUGUAUCGGCUGUCUCGAUAUACCGACGCGAACUUAAACAUCGACCAACCAUGGCGUGAAGAGUGGGUUGUGUAUGCGCUCGAUCAACCGAAGAUCAUGCGUCAUUGA